AUGUAGGCAGAUUUCUACACCGAUGAGCUGUCUAUCCACCCACCCCACCCAACUCCACUAACUGGCUACUAUUGCACCUCCCGAGGAGCUUCCAGCGUCUCAAAGCAGACAAUGCUGGCACCCUGAGGCCUUCUAAAGCUUCUCUCAAGGCGUUUUUCUUCUCGCCUGGGGACUCGCAUGUUUCGUGUGUCGGCACGUAGUUGAAUAUGGCACUGCCUCACCGAAGAGUUUGACACCUCGUCCUCUCGUUGCUGGAGCUUCUCUAGCGGGCUUCAACCCUCAACUCAUUGAAUUUGGGGUUGGGCUCUUGAGGGUCUUCCCAUCUCGUCGUUCACCUGCUAAAUCUGUACCAAGCGACCUUCAAACUCUUUCAACAUGAAUUGGGACCAGCAGGACAGACUCAUCAACGCAUUAGAUGACUUCAAGAAGUAUCCAACAAACAUCAGCGACCCUAUUAUCAAUAUCCCUCGAUAUGCGAAAAUGCUCAAUGACCAGACGCUCCGUCCCUUCAAUGCCCAGGAUACCCCAAUUGAGUUCAUUGAGAUGCUUCCAGGUGAUAUGUACUUCGAAGUAGCGAGAAUCAAGGAUGUCAAAGCAUACUUGACACUUGAUCGCCCAGACCCCAAAUGUCGAUUUGUGUUUCUCUUUGGAAGGCAUGAUAAAAGUCGACUUGGGUAUUCAAAGGAGCAGCUACAAUAUGUGCUUACCCAUCACCAAGUAGGGCCUUCCUUUCUAGACUUCAUCUUUCCUUUCGGAGCUCCUUCUCCUGGCCUUACCGAAUUCGCUGGAUUCCGACAACACGACACAGUACUCGAUCUACAUGACCACCGAGAGGCUAUCCCAAGACUUGGAAGGUCUGGUUCAUUUAUUAGUCAUGCCUUCCUAUUGCACUCUCCUUCAGUAACCAACGAGUCGGUCGACAAGUGGUCAAUUCGGCAAGCGGCAAUCUACCACCAAUUCGACGUACAGACUGGACAGACUCUGUGGAUCAUAUCUCAAGGCGACGAUAAUCUCCUUGAUAGGUUACGGCGGAUGGCUGUUCAAGCUGACUCUCCGCUAGCGGAUGACUUCGCCGACCCCACCACCUCCUUUCGUUCGUCGCUGAUCAUUCAUCAACUGUUUUUCGAAUGGUCCAUCGAGUCUUGGAGAGACUAUAUAGGACAGCUUGAACGGGAUCUAGAACAAAUCCGAAACCACAUAAUUAUUGACGAUUCCGAAAUGGGUCCAGAGUUAAGACUCGACAUUUCUGAGCGUAAUCCAUACGGCAAUCGGACUCGUUACGGAUCUUGCGGAGCGCGAUAUGGCAUGCCAAUACUAGACAAUAAUCAGUACGUGGUACCUCUGUACGAAUUCGAGAUGAAGAUGAGAGAAGCCCUUCGUAUGCUUGAACAGACCGGUAUUGUCCAUGAUGCGCUUGUCAUGCACUUCCAAAAAAUCAUGGAGUAUGAAGAAUUCCCGUCGCGGAUGAAGGACAUGGCCUACUACGAGGUCCUUCGAUUCUCAGAAUGCGCUACCAACGCUCACGCAGAACUCGCGCUACGGCAACGCGACGCGGAGAGCCUGCUCAGCCGCAUACAAAGCACGGCCUCCCUCCUUUCUUCAAUGUUAGAAUAUAGGUCCGCUCACCCUCACAACAGCACUGACCAGAUGCAUGAAUUGGCACGUCGGACGGAGAAGGACUUGGUAUCGAUCAAGAUAAUAACAUUGGUAACAAUGGGGUACUUACCAGGAACCAUUCUUGCAACGUACCUCUCGUUGAAGCCUGUCAACAUCACGCCGUCCGAUCAAAUAUGGAGCCCUUUUCGAUCUUUCCUAGUUCUAGGUUUCCUAGCGAUAGCAACGGGGCUUCUCUACGUCGGCGUCCAGGUACGCAGGAGGUAUUGUUCACCUGGCCAACGAUAUUGUUGGAACGUUGGGUUUAAGGAGAAACAUGGGCAGGGUGCCUAAUGAUGAAAGGGCAUUGUUGAUGUAUACAUGAUAAUUAAUGAUUAACGCUUCGAUUAUAC